AUGGUCUUAGCCGGUUCCCGGUAUAUUGCUGAUGAGGAUACCGCCACGACCGCCUUUGGAAACCCGCAACAGCGAGUGAUGGCAAGAGACUGGGUCGUGUCCCAAGCAAUGAAACAUCUCACCGUCGAAAGUCUACAGGCUCUAAUCAUCGUCGCCUUCAAUGACAUCGGAAGCGGCGAGGCGGCUCAAGCCUGGUCUCUCGUAGGCUCACUUACACGGACCGUUGAGUACCUUCAACUCACAAUCGAGCAUGACGAGGCGGAGAGACUUUCCCUAUCUCAACCUUUCGUCUCGUUGCCGCCACCAGAUAACUGGACCGAAGCCGAAGAGCGAAGGCGUGUCUUUUGGAACGUAUUCAAGCUCGACCGUCUCAUCUCCGUCACCAUGGGUUGGAACACCAGCCUCACCUCCGACGACGUCCACUGCCGCCUCCCAUGCGACGGCGUCCUCUGGAGAAAAGAAGACCGAGUCGUCACCCCGUACUUCGGCAUAUGGGACAAAGCCGCCGGGCGCAUCGGAAACCCAAUCGCCUUCAUCCCCUCACACUACGCCCAAACAUCCCAAAUCACCACCGAAGAAGAAACCCAGACUCCAUCCGAGGCCGGCACCUCUCCCGGGGCCCAGAUGCCCAGCGUCGACAUGUCCACCGUCGGCGCCUUCGCCUACUGCAUCGAAGCAACUGAGUCUCUCAGCCGCGUCACGAGCUACUUCCUCCAGCAGAAGGUCAACAUGCGAGACCAGCGGGACAUCAGCAGCUGGCUCACCCGCUUCAAGGAGCUCGACCUGCGCCUAGUGCAUUGGAAGAUGCUGCUCCCGCAGAAGUGGAAGGCCAACAUGGCCCGCCAGUCGACGCGCAUGGACCCGAACCUCACGCUGGCGCACGUCACGCACAACACGUCCAUGAUUCUGCUCCACCAGCUCAUUGCUUUCCCGCCGCGGGAGUGGGCUUUCCGGGCGCGUUUGCCGAGUAUCUUGAGCAUCGACACGUGCCAAGCUGCAGCUGUCGAGAUCGCCAUCAUUGCGGAGAAUUACCUGAAGCAUGCCCCGCCGACGAUGCCGGUGUCUAGUCAGUUCGCUUUUUGCAUCUAUGUAGCUGCCAGGGUGUUGCUCCUUCGGUGGAGAUACGACCUUGGCGGGGAGCUGGUGCCCGAGUUCUGGUCUCUGGUCCAGAUCCUCGACGAGAUGGCUGGCCGGUGGGCUGGUCCUCAUAGUCUCGAGCCGGCAAGGGACAACUUGGCUGGCAAAUAUUCUCGGAAACUCACCGAGAUGCAUUCCCGAUGUCGCGAGGAUGCAUCGUACAACAUCAAUGUGUUAGGGUACACCACCGAGAUCGACCACACCAGCUCCAAGGACCCGCCGGUGUUUCCGCAGCCAGCUCGGAACGACAUCAUAAACCAGAACGCGUCCAAUCAAAGAUCGAAUACCGCAAGAAUUGAUCCUGAUCUGUUACCGGCGGCAGAGCAACGACAGGGCAUAGCCCCCAAUACCGACAGCAUAGUGGUCGCUCAGCAAUUCGCCCCUCCAGUCGUAAAUCCCAACCCAAACUCGGGCGGAAUCGUCGUUCACCCAGCGAUGGAAAUGAACGGCGUGGAGACAAUGACCCAGUCCAACGUCUUUCACAGAAGCAGCGUAGGAAGCGGUGAACUCAGCAACAUAUCCCAAAUGCUUCUCGACCAGCAAUUCGUCGACAUGGACCGCAUCAUCAGCUUCGACGACGGAAUUUUCGGCACCGAAUACGAAGGCGGCGGGUGGUAA